AUGGACGAAAAACAAGACAUCACCACUCAAAAUGAGAAAGCAAAUGGCGCCGAUGAAAAGCUCCUCACGGAGCUGGAGAACCCUCAAAAAAUCCAAAAAAUAGUUCGCGAAGGCAUUCUACUCGCCGGCGGUGGAGCGGCCAUUCUCCUGCAAGUUGCCAUGCCUGGCGUUGGCAAAGGCGUUGAUGAACACAGCAACUUCUCCUAUCGUCCGUUGGAUCGACUUCGCACGACUAUGACAUACGUCUACUGCAUGGCGUUCGGUACACCAGAAGAAAAGAAAAUCAUUAUCGAGAUGGUCCAUAAAGCACAUUCAGUCGUCAGAGGCCCUGACUACUCGGCCGAUGAUCCACACCUGCAGGUCUGGGUUGCGGCGACUCUCUACGCCGUUGGGAUUGAUCUGUAUGAGCAGGUCUUUGGGCGCAUGGACGAGGCCACCGCUGAAGCAAUCUAUCGUGAAUAUGCCGUUCUUGCGGUCUCCCUCCGUGUCCAGCCGGAGAUGUGGCCGCCGACUCGCGAGGCGUUCUGGAUCUAUUGGGAUGAACAAAUCAACAAGUUACAGCAUCAGAUAACCCCACAAGCGAAAAAUGUAUGCAAGGAUCUGCUGUUCAAUAAACAGGUUCCUUUCGUGAUCCGCAUUUCCAUGCCACUGGUGCGGUUGAUGACCGCGGAUUUGCUUCCAGAUCGUUUCCGGGAGGAGUAUGGGCUCAAGACCAGUAGGAGUCGGAGGGGAAUGCAAAAGGUGGUCCGGGGACUUACGAAGGUUGUGUACCCUGCUACACCGAGUUUUAUUCGGACCUACCCUAUGCGGUAUUACAUGAAGGACAUGCGGAAGAGAAUGAAGAAGGCCCAACAUAAGUAG